AUGACUUUCAAGUCUUCUGAGCAAGAAGAGAAUGCCACGAACUACACAGAUUACAGCUCCUUCACAUGGGAUUAUGGUGAUACCGUUGAACUAUGUGUCAAAGAAUCCAAUCGCCAGUUCCGCCUUUGGUUCAUGUCUAUCUUCUUCUCCUUCACCUGCUUCCUGGGGCUGACGGGGAACCUGCUGGUCAUCCUCACCUUCUUCUAUUUCAAUCGUCUCAAGACCAUGACGGACGUGUACCUGCUCAACCUGUCAUUUGCAGACCUGCUCUUUUCUCUGUCGCUCCCCUUUUGGGCAGCCAACUCCAUGGCUGAAUGGGCGCUGGGUUUGGCCGUGUGCAAGGCCAUGCACACUAUCUACAAGGUCAGCUUCUACAGCAGCAUGUUCCUCCUCUCUUUAAUCAGUGUGGACCGGUACUUUGCCAUAGCCAAGGCUGUCUCUGCUUACCGCCACCGCUCCCGAGCGGUGUUUCUCAGCAAAGUGUCAUCAGCUGUCAUCUGGGUGAUGGCACUGAUUUUCUCCACACCAGAAAUGAAGUACACCACCAUCAAUAACAACACCUGCACCCCUUACUCUAGCAGUAUUGACCCGCUCCGUGUCAGCCUGCAGACAAGCCAGAUUAUUUUGGGUUUUGCCCUGCCACUCCUGGUCAUGUGCUUCUGUUACAGCAGCAUUGUCCAGACCCUUUGCCAGGCUCAAAGCUUUGAACGGAAUAAGGCCAUCAAGGUGAUUCUGGCUGUGGUAGCCGUUUUUGUGGUCUGCCAGGUCCCCUAUAAUGUGGUUCUAUUUUGGAACACAAUUGUCGCUGCAAAUGGAGGAAUCAUAAAAUGUGAGUAUGACAACAACCUCCUCUAUGCCACCGACGUCACCCAGUGUGUGGCCUUCCUGAGGUGCUGCCUGAACCCCUUUGUCUAUGCCUUUAUCGGAGUGAAGUUUCGACACGACCUUCUGAAGCUCCUGAAGGAGCUGGGUUGCAUGAGCCAGGAGAGGUUCUACAGGUAUACCUGUGGCAGGAGGAGGAGCUCAGCGGCCACUGAUACUGACACCACCACCACAUUCUCUCCCUAAAACUAUCCCAGUACGGACAGAAUACCUGUUCACACCAACUGACCACACAAUGGACUGUUGAAAAUGAGGUUUAAAGAAAGAUUCAAAUCGAAAUAUAUUUCACAUGUACAUAUCAGAAGUUGUUAUACACGGAAUGAUAGUUAUAUAUGAUUUUACUGUGUUUUUAUUGUUUUUAUCUCAUUGUCAGUGUCAGCUCUUAAGAUUAAGAAAGGCGUUGCCGAUUUUUUUGCUUCUGGGUAAUAUAUCGAUAUUUUUAGUAAUUCAAGAAAUGUGUUGUGUUACACAAUCUCAUGUACAAUAAACAGCAAUUGUAUACGAAUCCCUUAUAUGUAUGUAUUGUAUUUUAUACUAUUU